ACAUUAAAAGUGCUUGCUCGCGCGUUUUCUGCCAUCUAUUUACAAAGUGUGAUAGACAAGAACGGUAUUAAAGAAGGAAGUACUACGAUUGUGUCAAAUAUUGUGGAUUUUGUUGGAAAGAUGUACUUUAUUUUUGGGCAAUACCUUAUUACAUGACGGAAUGUAUUUUUUAAAUCAACUCCAAGCUCCGCGAUCUCUCCGCUUCAUUUUCUUUUUAUAUUUAAGCGCACAUAUAUUGCCGGUUUCUUUAGCACGAGCGCAUGACUUGUGCACGUGUAACCAAUUAACAUGUGACAACCCAGUAAAUUGUAGUUAUGGAGAAGUACUGGACCCAUGCGGGUGCUGUAUGGUGUGCGCCCGUGGGAAGGGAGAGAGUUGUGGCGGAGGCCGAAGCAGGCGAGGUGGAGUCUGCGCCAAAGGACUACAGUGCGUUAUAAACGCAAAACCAGGGGACUUGGUUACCGGAGAUGAACAGGGAACAUGUCAAGAAAUUUCCCCGAAAUGUGACGCCUCAGCCUGUGAUUUUAUCAUAACACACCGAUGUCCUUCUGAUUCCGUUCUUGUUUACAACAGUACCCAGGCAGAAAAUGCUUGUUGCAAAACAACUUACGAGUGUAGAUGUGAUAUGUCAGUGUGUAAAGAACCAAGAUGUACCGCUGGACAUACCCCACAAAUAAUUCGCCCUAGCAACAAGCGACCAGGGUCAUGUUGUGACCUUUAUCACUGUAAAGUUUCUGGUUGUUGGUCAGAGCAAGGUAAAGUGUACAAGAAUGGUGAGACAUGGAAGGAGGGUGACUGUGUAACUUGUCGAUGUGUGAAUGGCAAGAAACAGUGCCAGGCGGAGAUGUGCAUGAAGACCUGUCUCAGUCCAAAAUAUGUCCCUGGCAGAUGCUGCCCUAUCUGUGAUACUCCAACCUUGUACCCUAACCAGUCCUCAAAUAAAUGUGCCAGUCUCUCCAAAUGUAACAUCACUUGUCAGACAGGCCUUCAACAGACACCAGAUGGAUGUCAUAUCUGCAAAUGUAAACCAGAGGGAUGUUUUAAGGAUUGUAGCUAUGGUUACGUAUCAGAUGAGCUUGGAAAAGAGACAUGCCAGUGUCACAUAAGCCCCCCAGACUGCCCCGCGCUUCACACUUGUUCCAAACACUGUAGUCAUGGUUUUAAACUGAGUAAGAAAGGAUGUCCAAAAUGUCGUUGUCAUAAAUGUCCAACUUUGACCUGUGAAAAACAGUGCUACCAUGGGUUACAGCGAGAUAGACAUGGAUGCAAAGUCUGCAAGUGUCAAGAAGCAUUAUGGGAGAAAAACUGCACGAUGAACAUGACAGAGUUUACGCCUGGUCAGUCUUGGUCAGAUGGUGACUGUAACCGAUGUAUGUGUAAACGUGACGGUACGGUGUUGUGUGAACCACGCACGUGCCCACAGCUGUCAUGUGCGUUCAUGGUGAAGAAAGAUGGAGAGUGUUGUCCAGUUUGUCUCAAUAUUACUAUUUCACAGUUUUUUACCCCAGAAACUCGACGCAAGACAGCAAAAACUGUCCAAGUUAGUGCCAAUACAGACAGUGUGGAUGUGAAGGACAUUGAGGAGAAGUACAUUAUUUCACUUUCCAUUGUGGGAAGUUUUGUGAUGAUUUUGCUAAUAUUAGUAUUUGUUUUAUUAUAUCUCAAACUGAAACAGCGGCACCAGGCAAGCUGGAGUGUUGCUGGUCAAGAUACAUACUGUAAAUGUCCACUUUUUAUUGGACAUUCUCCUACGUUACAGCAUAAAUAUAAUUUAAAUGGAGAAAUUCCAAAUAAACUAAGUUACGAUACAGUGGUCGUACAAAAGUAUGACCACCCUUGUAUAGCAGUGUCAUUAAAAUCUGAUUCGCCAGAUGAACAGCGAAAACUAUUUCUUACAAAUGAAGAUCGUGAAAAUGGUUUUGUGAACAAGGAAAACUGUGGGAAUCUCCAGUCACACUGUUUGUACAAGGAUUGGGCAGCUAUUUGAAAAUAAGCCAAUGAAAAUGAGUGUAGUGUUUUUUUGGUGUUAACUUUGAUCUGAUUGGUUGAAACUUCAAGGGAGACAACAAGUGACAGAAUUGUAGACAAGGGAGAUAAUUGGUAAUGAUGAAAAAAAUAUAGGCUUAUUUAUAUUAUAUAUAUGAUGCGGUUUCUAGCUUGUAAACAGGAAAUGGACCAAUCUUCUGUAACAUGAUGCUUUAUUCAUCAUUUUGAAUUAUGUGUGCAAAACAGUUAAUUUGAUGUAAUUUCAUAUUUGUACGCAGUCACCUUUGUAUAUUAUGAACAUUUGAUCUUAUUUAACUGUAAACUACAGUAACUAUGUCAACAUUACUGACAAGAUUGUGAAGUGUGAUGUUUAUUGAAAAAGAAGUUAUGAUAAAUGAAGUCAGAACUUGUUUGAUGGAAGUUGACUUUUGUAUAUCCUGAUCCUAAAUGAGGUGGCAGGGUGAAUGGACAUUGUGCUUGCCUCUGCUAAUUGGCAAGCUAAAUAUUGAUGGCAUUUCUAACAGUACUCUCACUUAUGAAAUGGUUAUAUUAUCUACCUUUGAGAUGUUGUUUUUUUAAUUAUUAUUUCGGAUUAUGAUUAUAGAAUCUAAAAUCAAAACAUUUGUUCAAAUAGUUUUGUGGCCUUCUCUUGAAUUCUUUCUUUUUUCAUGAAUAUUCAAUUUGACAAUUUUAUUAAAGAGAUGUACAGAGUUAUUUGUUUACCAGAUUUGUUUGGAUAAUCCUGCAUAAGAAUACGGAAUGAUGAUGUAGAAUUCAUUUGGUUCUUUUAUUAAUUUAUUCCAUGACAAUAUUUUGAAUAUGUAAAUAUUGUGCAUAUAUGAAUCUCCGAUGUUGUAUAAAUGUGUUGUGUUGCAUAUUGUAUACAAUGAAUUAGCUACAUAAUUAUAGUGCAUAUGUGUGAAAUCUUACAAAAUAAUUAUGUCAUAGCCAAAAUCAAUUUUAAAACAUAAUUUGAGUAAUUGAUGUACAUAUAUAUUAGAAAUAACCAAUAAGGUUGAAAAUGCAUUAAAAAUGAAUUAUUUUUUCGACACAAAAUGAAACAUGCAAAAAAAAUCUUUUAGAGCCAAUUAUAUUAUCAGACAUUGGAAAUGCUUAGACAGGAUAAUAAUGUCUUGGUUGUCAUAUAGCAAUAUAGCAACAGCAUGGCAAGUUGGGGUAGUUCCCAUUUUUCUUUGACUUACAAAGGCAGAUUAACAAAGAGCAUGCCAACAAUCUUUACUUUUCGUUUCUAUUUUGGCAUUGUGAAAUUACACAUAUUUAGAACUAAAAUGUAAAAAAGAAAAACGAACAAAUUUUCCUUUUGCCAAUAGAAUGUCAUGUUGCUUUGUCAAGUUGACAAGUUUGAAAGAUAUCUGAAAGCUAGGAUUACUUUUCCCAAUUGAAGUACUUUAUAUUGAAAUAAUGAGGUAAAAAAACGUGUUGACAACCAGAUAACUGUCAAAGGUAUUUACUGUAUGGGGUACGGAUGUAAAAAAAACGGGAAAUAAAUUACAAUUAAAACUGGCGCAAGUAUUAUACCUGACAGAUCCAACAGUAAAUUCCUAGAUUAAUUGGAAAGAUGAUUACUUUAUGCACCUGUAAAUGCUUGUUGGGCGGCAAGUUUUUGUUCCCGACUUCUUUUCGCAGUCUAUAGGAAUAGCACAAAUAAAACACUUUACUAUCUGCAGUUGCAAUUUGUGAUUAAAACCAAAUGACAAGCUGCUGUUAUGUGUGGAUUUAUUGAUUUCAAUAAGAAUUUUGAUAAACUAAACUUUUUCAUUUCUUCUUCAAAUUGCAUGAUGUUAUUUUGAUUUCGGAACAAAUUAGUUGUUACUUAAUUAAGUGCAUUCAGCUGUAGAAAUCAAUCAAAUUCCAAAUUGUAGAAUUCAGUCAGUUAGGUAUCACACUGUCUGAAAAUAAGUUACAUUUUCUCCCAGUUUAUACAUUUAAAAACACAGGUCUUUACAGAUUUCCGUUAAUAAAUAGAAUAUCAUGGCUAUAACACAAAAAAUUGUAACAGAAUAUUGUUAUAGAAUAAGUGCAUGGACAAUUAGCAUUUUUUGAUUAGAGAUCUUUAAUAGUAUAGACUUAAUUGAAAAUGAGAACUUAUUUAAGUGUAAAUAAAUGUAUAUAUCAUUACUGGAGUACAAUUUGAAAGUGAACUUUUGAUUUUUUAGUCGUUUAUAAAAUGUGUACUUUGUGAAAGAAAAAAUGACUGAUGAUUUGUAGAAUUGUUUCAUACAUGAGCUAUUGAUCAAAGUUGUUCAUUAUUUUUUUCAGCUGCAUUACUUUUAUUUUAGAAUUAUUAUCCCACCAUACAUGGUUCUGCUCACCGAAUGUCUGUUGUUGUUUUUCUCCUAAUGUUACAUUGUUUUUAUAUACUAAACAUUUUCACAUUAGCAGUCCUGCUUUAUUGUGUUAUAGCAAAACAUAAAGAUUAAAAUUAAUAGAAAUAAAAUCUAUUUUUCAAGGAAAAUAGUGCAAUAAAUUUGAAGGCACAUUGUAUGAUUAGAGAAAUAAAUAAAUGAAAGAAAUUAUCAAAAGAAAUGUCGCCAAAAUUAAUCAUAAAUGAUAUUUACAAAGAUGUAUAUAAUAAUAUGAAAAGGAUUUUGUGCUAUGUUCUUAUUCAAAUGCUUUCUUUUUGAAUUUUUACAUUGUAAAUUAAAGGUUUUUUUCAAUAUCAAAACAGUAGACAGCAGAGUACAUGUAUAUUAUGGUCAGACUGAAUGAAUGGGUAAGAAUUGGCACCUUACUAUUGCUGGAAUAGAUCUUUCAUUACUUCAAAGAAGGUUCAUUAAUUAAAGGGAAUCAUCUUUUUUAUCAUACCUAUUUCAAAGUUGAUUACACAGGUUGAUUUUUUUGAAAAAUUUAAAUACAGAAACUUGUCAAGUGAUUAUGUAUGAACAAAUGAGCUUUUUGUUGUUGUUUCUUAAUUCAUUCUUUUGAUUUGAAAGGAAAAUGUUAAAAUUUGAUUUUACUAUCAUUUUUUUCUAAUUUUAUAGGAAAAUCUGUAGGUGUUAUUUAUUUUUUUUGUAGUUAUGCUUACAUUUAUAGAUUUGCCUGGAACAUUCAAAACUGUAUUAUGAAAUUUUAAAAGUAUCAUAUCAGUCAAUUUGGAAAUAUUAAAAAAUUUUGGAAUAAAGUGCUGAAAUGAUAUAAUAUUCUAUUAAAAAGUUAAUGUUCCUUUAUUUUUUUUUAGAUAUCUGUUUUUUAAAUUCAUGUCACCAACCAUCUACCAGUAGAUUACUUUUUGUAUUCUUUAUCCCCAAACUUGUACUUUUUCCAUCAUUUUUGUCAGAUUGUGUUUUUUUUCAGAGAAAAUCAGACAAUGAUUUUCAGGCAUGUAAUUUUCUAUAAAAUGUUAUGAUUGUAUUUUAUGCUUUUAUGUUCUCUAUAUUUGGUGCAAGAUUCAGUAUUUGAUGUACAUUUUACUUGUAAUAUACUUGUAGAAAUGUUUGACAGCAAACAAAAUAGGGCAGGUAUAGUUAAAUCAUGAUUAAGAAAAUUAAACUACAAACCCUAACAUCAAUGAACAUAUUCCAUUUUAAAAAUUGGAAUUGUCCAUUGUUAAUUUUUAGGGGGUUUCAAGAUCAAAAUCAAAAAAUUAAGUAGUUGCCAGUAUAAAGCCUGGUCAGGCUGUAUUGUUGUGCAGGUUGGCCAUGCUGUUUAUUGGUGACAAAGGUUUGUUAUCAAGUGUUUGCUAGCACUCUGUGAGUUUAAUGACAUUGUACAUAUCAGAACUGAGUAAAUGACAAAACCUUAA